AUGGCGGCGGCGGCGGCGCGGAGCCGGUGCUUGGUGGCGGCGGCGGCGCUGGGCCGGGCCAGGGCCGCCUCGGCCUCCUCCCGUUGCUGCUGCCUGCCGUGGAGCGGGCGGGGGCUCCGUGGGGCGGCCUGGGCAGGGGGGUGGGCGUGGCCCGGGCUGCCCCCCAGGCGCCUCCUCUCCUCGCGGAAUCGUCCUGAGGGCAAAGUGUUGGAGACGGUCGGUGUAUUUGAAGUGCCAAAACAGCAGGGCAAAUAUGAGACGGGGCAGUUAUUUCUCCACAGUGUAUUUGGAUACCGGGGGAUAGUCCUGUUUCCUUGGCAAGCCAGGCUGUACGACCGAGACGUUGCUUCCCCCGUGCCCGAUAAGGGCGAGAACGCGGCGGGGCAUGGAUCCAAAGAAGUCAAAGGCAAGACACACACUUACUACCAGGUGUUGAUAGAUGCUCGCGACUGCCCUCACAUAUCUCAGAGGUCACAGACAGAAGCGGUGACGUUUUUAGCAAACCAUGACGACAGCCGAGCCCUCUACGCGAUCCCAGGCCUUGACUACGUUAGUCACGAAGACAUCCUCCCAUACACGUCCACCGACCAGGUGCCCAUCCAGCACGAGCUGUUUGAACGGUUCCUCCUGUACGAUCAGGCGAAAGUUCCUCCCUUCGUGGCGAGGGAUACGUUGUGCGCAUGGCAGGAGAAGAACCAUCCGUGGCUGGAGCUCUCCGACGUGCACCGGGAGACCACAGAGAACAUCCGGGUCACGGUGAUCCCCUUCUACAUGGGCAUGCGGGAAGCCCAGAACUCCCACGUCUACUGGUGGCGCUAUUGUAUCCGCCUGGAGAACCUGAACAACGAAGUCGUGCAGCUCCGGGAACGGCACUGGCGGAUCUUCAGCCUGUCCGGCACCCUGGAGACUGUCCGUGGCCGGGGGGUCGUGGGACGCGAGCCCGUCUUAUCCAAAGAACAGCCCGCCUUCCAGUACAGCAGCCACGUCUCCUUGCAGGCAUCCAGUGGUCACAUGUGGGGCACUUUCCGCUUCGAGCGGCCCGACGGAUCCCACUUCGACGUCCGGAUCCCGCCCUUCUCUCUGGAAAGCAAUAAGGAUGAGAAGACGCCCCCUUCUGGCCUCCACUGGUAGAGAAGCCCUCAGGAAACCAGCCCCCCAACACCCCACCCCUUCCAGGACAACUCAACACCCUCUUCUUCUGUCUUCAAGGGCUGAAGCUAGUUCUGGUUUUUUAAAACAUCCUGGGCCGCCCUCCUCCUCCUCCUCCUCCUCCUCCUCUUCCUCUUCUCCUCCUACCCCUUCACAGUUGCUGAGAGGUAGGGAUGUGCUCUGAACUUUUAAUUCUGUGGUUGCCGAGCCCUGUGAAUCUUUCCUCUACAACAUGCUCAGGUGCCUAGAGAAUGUUCUAGCUGGGCUGCCUAGAACAAAAUUACUGCUGCUGGAGCUGUGAGGGCUCCCUGCCCUGUGCAGACCCUGUUUUGAAUUGUGAAGGCCGGGGUGUGUGUGUGUGUGUGUGUGUGAAUGAAUGAAUAAACCGCCCCUGGCCCUGUGCCCAGUUUCAGCCCGGUUUUCCUUCUGCAACCCGAAGGCCUCACCCAUCCUCCUGGUGGUGUCAUGAGUCCCAAGGCAGGCGAGAGUGGAUGUGCCUCAGCCUUCCCCCAACCUGCCGCCUUCCAGGUGCGUUGGGACUACAGCAACUAUCCUCCCCGGCCACGGGUCAGUUUGAGUUGUCGUCCAGCACAUCCAGAGGGCGCCCGGUUGGGGAAGGAUGUUGUGCCUUCUCUUUAAGGUAGGGGGUGCCUCUAGCUCUGCCCCACCCAUCCUCUGGGACCCCAAAGCAGCAGCAUUUGCCUACCACAAGUUGACUGCUCUCUCCCCACCUUGAUGUCUUCUUCCAAAUCCCUCUUCUCUAGAGAUGCUUGAAAGGCCUUGGCUGGGUUGUCCCUGCUGCAGUGAAGAAUUGGGAAGACGGCUCCUGUUCCCCAGCUGCUUUUUUGCCGCUCUGGGACAGCUGCUCCAUAGGCAGCAUCUCUGGCCUCAGCGGUGUUGUUGUGCUCCCAGCUGCUCUUGUCUUCUUGGGGAGGGGGGGGGAGGUGAAUCUUAAGAGCUCUGUUCCCAAACAAAACGUCAGAGAGGAGUGCAAGGCCCGUGUGAACUAUGGCGAUUCUGGGACCAGGGCGGCCGCUGCAUGUUGCUUCCUGCUCGAAGUGACAAGUGCCAUCUCCAGGUUGGGAGGUGCGACGGCCUCUCCUGGGCUUCGUAUCGAAUCUCAAUAGCUUCCCCCUUUGGGUAUCACUCCAGUUGCCAGGGAAGUGAUACCUAUCGAAGAUUGGUUGUCUUGAAGCCACACAGGCAGCUUAAAAUUGGUUCACGUCGGCCAAGGGAGCCAUGGUGUGUGCAUUGGUCAGCCUUGGGCAUGGGGGAUGCGCUCCUCCGCCUGCUUCUCCCUUGCCGUAACUGGUUUCGCCUGUUUUUGCAGGCAGUGAAAUUGUAAGUGUUGCCAUGAAUGGUGGCUGAGUCUCCCGCGAGGCGCCGAACGGGCUGCACGGGGGACGGCUGUUGGCCGAAAGGGAGCUCGCCAGAGCCACGUGGACGCCACCCCCCCCCCCCCCCCCGCUUGGCUUCUGCUCUUCGCCCUUGUGCCUGCCAGAGGCUUUUGGUUGAAGGCGCACCCCCCCACCCCAUUGAGGCUCAAGAUCGGGGCAGAAGGCAGUGUCUCCUGGAAAGCGCCUCCCUUCAGCCCUGCUCUUGGCUGGUGGUCAGUGAUGAAGGCCGGCAGCGCUAAGUGGUGGAGGGAUAGGAAGCCCCCUGCCAACCGGGGCCCAUUUUCACAUGGAGGGCUUCUUGACAUGGGCAGGGGUUGUGUUGUUCCCUUGAUUGCUUCUUCCCUCAGGCUGUUGUUCUCCCACCCCACCUGGGAGGGACAAUGCCCCCUCCCCACGCCACCUUUAGUGCUUCCAGACUGUCAGAGGCUGUUGUGUAAAUAACUGUAAAGAAACAAAUCUCUAUCCAAUAAAAGUGUUAAAGUAAA